AUGAAUUAAAGGGAGAUAGCCAAAGAAGUGUUAGCUGUUUCAUUGCAUAUUGCAGAGGCAGAUAAAUUUAACUUUGAAGAUUCUAAAAAGAGAAUGCAAUUAUUAACAGAAUCUGUCUUAAAAACAAGUAGAUAAUUGACUUAGAUGUAGAUUUAUUGAGAUAGAAACCUAAUAAAAAUUGCAAUUAGACUGUUGAUCUAGAGUUUUAAUAAAUUGAUAAUUUAAAAGAUCUGUUACCUCAUUUAGCAGAAUGCAGCAAUUUACGUGAAGUAUUAUGAUAAUGCAUCAAUCAAGUUAAUUUUGCAUGGUAAUCGUUUACAUACCUUACCAGAAGAUCUUUCAACAUUGAGUACUGUAGAAACUUUAGAUAUUUCUAACAAUCUUUUUGAUGAUGUAAUUAUUAUUAAAAUUUAUAGAUUAUUCCUAUUAUCAAUGCUUUGAAAACAAUGCCAAAAUUGUUACAUCUUCAUAUUGGAUUGAAGGAUAAUAAUGAAGAAAAAUAUGUGAUCCAAUAGUUACCUAAUCUAAUAACACUUAAUAAUAGAAGACUCAAAUUUUUUGAUUAAUUAGAUAGUGAUAGACCUUCUGAAAGAUAAUCUAUAAAAUCAGAAAAAUCAUAUUAAAGUGAAAUCACAUUUAAUUAGGAGGAUGUAGAUAAUGUGGAAGUACUUCAUUAUCUUAUUAAGUUAAAAGAAUCUUUUUAAUCAAAUUUGUAACAUUGAAAAUAAUUCCAAUCUAUAAAAAACAUACUCUCCUUAAUUGGCUGAUCAUGUCAAAGAUGUUAUGACUGAUUUUUCUACCAAAGUUCAAUAAACUCAUUCAAAACAUUUCCUUGAUACACAUAUACUUAAAGUAAUUUUUAAUAAUCUACUUAGGCAAAAUAUGAUUUAUAUGAAAUCUGUUUUAGAGAAUUAAUUGACUAUUUUCGUAAUAAUAAUAAUAAACUUGAAUAAGUUCUAAAAACAUUAUAAUAAGAACAUUCAAAUAUUUUUAAUGAUUUAACUAAUAUCAUAUACAAUCUAAGAGAUUAUAAAAAAAUCUAAAAAGAAAAUCAUGAAAUAGAAUAACUCAUUUAAAAUAGUGAUAUAGUCAUAUCUUAAAAUAAAGAGAUUUAAUUCUACAAAGAAGAACGUGAUAGUCUAUUAAUUGAAAAAAAUAAACUUUAAUAGUAGAAAGACUAAUAAUAUGAAUUACUUCAUCCAUUAUAAUUAUAAGUUAAAACUUUAUAGUCUAAUGUUCAAAUAUUGGAAUAAGAAAAGGAAAAUCUGAAUAAUAUCAUUUCUUAAUUAGAAUAUUAAUUUGCUUAUUAAUAAUAAUAAUAGAGAUCUCAUAGAGAUAGUUCCAAAUAAAUUCAAUCAGCAAAUUAAUCAUUUUAAGAUAUUCAAUCCUUUUCUAAUUUUUAAACUCAAUAAGUAGUAAUGCUUGUUAAAGGAACUCAGACUGAUAAUCAAAGAUUUUUUGAAAAAGAAAGUCAAACUAAUGAUUAAGAAGAUAAUGUAAUUUUUACAAAAUCUAUUGAUAUGCAAUCAUUUUAAUAAGAAAUUGAAGAUUUAUAAUGUUAAAAUGAAUAACUAUAAUAAGAAAAUAAAAAAUACUUAGAAAUGAUAAUUAGAAGAUCAAAAGUAGAAAAAUCUUCUAAUAUCAUGUCUGAAAUCAGUUAUAAAUAAAAUGAAAGUCCAAGCAUCAUUGAAAAAAAGAGAUACAAAACAUUAUCAGAAUUUCAUCUACUAGUUUAACCCUAAUCAUUUAGACCAUUAACUUUAAAAUAACUUAAAGAUAUCAUUCAAGAUAUUUAUGAAAGCAAAACUAAACAUGAUAUCAGAUAAUAUGAAAAUAAAAUGCCUCUAGAAACAAUUGAACAGCAUAUGUACACAUACUUAUAUUGUAAAUAUGGAUUAAAAGUAUUUUAUAUUUAUCAUCAAUAGAAUUUAGCUUUGGAAUGGGUAGCUUGUAUCAUUAAUGCAAUCUAAAAAUAUAUUGCUGAAGACAAUGAUGUUGCUGUAUUUGGAUUAAUGCUUAAAAAUAAUUUAGAUGAAGAUUUUAGAUUAUUGCAAUCUUAACGUAAAUUAAAUAUUGAACAUAUUAUCUAAGUAUAUAUUUUGAUCUAAAAUAUUAGACUAUUUUAUAAGCAAAGUAUAAAACUAAGCAUGUCUUAGAAAUUAAAGAAAUAGUUAAACAAAAAGUAGCAGGAUAAAUAACUCAUUAGGAAGCAAUUGACAUUUUGAAAAGUUGUCUUUAGGAAGAGGAAAAAGAAAUUAUACUCAGCUAAUUAAAGAUGCAUUAAAUUAAAUCUGUAUCUAGUGUAAGUCCAAUAAAAAAAGUUAAUUAAAAAGAAUAAAGAAGAUCAAGUACUUAAAAAGAACCCAUAAAAUAUGAGUUUUCUGUCUUUAUUAAACUAAUUCUUGAAUACCUUAUGAGUCUUUAUCAAUAAUACUUAGCUAAUUUUUGUAUUGUAUUUAAAUCAGUUGAUCAUGAUAAAGAUGGAAUUCUCAAUCAAGUAUUUAUUAUUUUUAAUUUUUUAAAGUAAUAAUUUUUUAAAUUGACAGAAAGUAUUAAACCUAGUUUACAAAAGGAAGAUUAUUCAAAAAUAUAUGAAAUGCUAGAUCCAUUUAAAAAUGAUAAAAUAACAUUUUCAUAAAUUGUAAGAGUCUUCAAAAAUCCAUAAUUGUAUAACAAGAAUGUUGAUUUAAUAUAAUAGAUAUGUAUAAUUUGA